AAGAAAGACUCUAUAAAUAAGGGACAAAGCCUACCAUACUUAGGCUUGAAGGAGCAGCUCCAUAAGCAUCUUCCGAAUUCCGCUGCCUUCUAGUCUUCGAUCCUAUCUGUUAAUCACGUUCUACCAAAAGCAUGGGCGGACCUUCACUUGACACCCUCAAGCCUACCACUAUCAAAUUUCUCUGUAGCUAUGGCGGCAAAAUCCUUCCCCGUUAUCCCGACGGAAAACUCCGGUAUCUUGGUGGCGAAACCAGAGUCCUCGCCGUUGACCGUUCCAUCUCAUUUUCUGAGCUGUUAUUGAAGCUGGGGGAAUUGUGCGGGACGUCUGUGAGCCUUCGUUGCCAAUUGCCUUCAGAGGACCUUGACGCUCUGGUGUCGAUCACGUCCGAUGAAGAUCUUGCUAACCUCAUCGAGGAAUACGACCGAGCGGCAUCGCCACCGUCGUCUCUGAAGAUCAGAGCGUUCCUAUCGCUGGCCAAAUCCGCCAAAAAAAUCAUUUCUCCUCUUCCUUCGUCGUCGUCGGCUUCAUCUUUAUCGAAAUCGUCGUCGUCGUCUUCGUCGUCUCACAGUCCCACCGGUUCCUCUUCUAGAUUUUUGGUGCCGGUGGUCGAUAGGUACUCCCGCCAGAUCCCGGCGCCUGUAGCUUAUCAGAAAUCGGCACCGAAGAUUCAUCCUCACUGUGCGUACCAUGCUCAUGGAAAUCCUAGGCAGAUUUAUCUCAUCCACAACGGGAACCACUGGCAAUAACAUCAAACAGAUGGGACGAAAACCCCUGCGAAGAAGGCUAAGCAAAUCUAUAAAGAAAAAUACUACCCAUAAAAGGAAAACAACCUAAAAAAAAAAAAAGUUUCUUCCGCGUUGAGUUUCCUUUAUAUUACAUUUGUGUGUGUGUGAUGUAAUGGGACUUUAAGUUGCUUUUGAAUCCGACGCCAUUAAUGAAUUUUCAGUCCAGUUUCGUUAUGCCUCACAAAGGAAAAUGCGGUGGCGAGUUAUGUUAGUUUCGUUUCUGUUUGGGAUAUCCAUUAUUAUUGCGCGCACAAGCUCUUCCAUUGGCCACUGCCCCCGUUCGAGUUAAGCUCUGUUAAAGGCGCCGUCGUCCAUUGGCUUACGCAAACCGUAACAGCAGGUUAACGAGAAAAUGAGGGGCAACUCGAUCGAGCGGAAAGAUGAUUGCGAAGAUAUCAAUUGGCAGCGAGCGGGUGAUUCCUUUUCUUUUUAUAAAAUGAUUCUAUCCCAACUGCAAUUGAAGAAGCCAUCGAAGCAAGCAAUGGUGUUUUCCACAUUAAUGAUCAAACGUAUACUUCCAAAACCGAUGGCGAUAAAGUAACGGCGACGUUUGGGGGACCAGGGGACUGGGAGUUGGCCAGAAAAAUGCCCCCCAUGACAUACAGCUGGUACAUGAAUGUGCACCAAAAUACCAUUAAAAAAUACAUAUACAAUAAAGAAUUAUAAAAUAAAAUAUACAGACAACAAUACUUAUGGACUGACACCUGUUCCGAUUGAGAAGGAAAAGAAUAGAGCCAUGGAUUUUUGGUAGAAAGAAGGGGUCUCCACUCAAGUACCAUUCAAAAGGAAGAUCACUCAUGUGCUGACUUGGUUUGAGUACAGAUAUGGUGAUCCUAGUCCUACCCAACUCAUCAAAAGAAACCAAACAAAAUUGAAAGAGACUUCAUCAUUGUUACUUCUGAGAUAAAGCAAAAUAAAAAAUAUAAAAAACGGUGGUUAAGGUUAUGGUGCUACCCCACUCAGUGUGAUUUUUUUGUAUCUUUUGAGGUUACUGAUAAAGAAGCUAUGCCACAAGAACCAUGAUUCAUUGAA